UUGGCUUAAACAGCUGUCAAUUUUGAAGGUUUCGUAUUCUAUACCGCCGCGCGCUGAUUACUAUUCAAGUUUAUAAUGAAAAUUCGUAAACUAUUGAAACGUUAUAACAUCUAGGGUAUUUAGGGUAAUAAUUAGUCGCUAAAUUAAUGCAACGCAUUUCCAAAACUAACAUCGUAACAUUAAAUUGUAUCAAUAAUAUGCAUCAUAACCUCCCAAAAUUUUUCGGUUAAAAGUUAAAAUAUCGUAUUAACAAUCACGUAAAAUGCAAAAGUUACAAGAUAGUGUGUUUUCUAUAGUUAAGACGACAAAUUUGUCGCCUGCAGUGUUCAGUUUUUUGCAACCGACGGAGGAUUUCUCAGAUAAGACACCUCUUGGCGGGAUUUUGAAGGACACCAAGCAUGGCUGGCUGGCUUUGGGUCCAAAAUUCUGUGUGGUUGAUCUUAGAACUGGGUUGAAAGUAGCAGCGCGAACAUUUGGUGCUCCACAGAGCAAUAUCAACACAUUUGUAACAAGUGUAGUGGAGCUACCUAGACCAUUGACCUCAAACUCCGUACAGCUCAUUAUCAGCUUGCAAUGUGAUGAAGCUGGUAUGAUCUGUGUCCUCCAUGUCAACGGCUCACAGAUACUUCGCUGCAUACAAACCGAAGUCGUUGUCACGGAGUUAGCGGUGUGGGAUAGAAUACCCGAUGGACCACUCACAUGUUUUGACGGAGUGGUCAUGGCUGGAACGAAGAGUGGAGAGAUUUUUGCUUUUGAUUUACAUAGAGCUGGUUUGAUGCAAGCAUUGAAAGACAUCUCGCAAGGUUAUGAAAACUUAGUUCUGAAUGAAACGAAUCCAGCCAACCUGAGCUUCUUACAAUUCAGUGCAAUUCAUCGUAUUAGAGAACAAAGAGAAUUAGCAUUAGAAAACUGUGAUCACUUAGCUAUCCUACUGAAUGAAAACUCCUUAGUAGACGGCCAAUACAUAUUCCGUAACCCAGACGGUUCAGUACGAAUGAAGGCCAAGAGAGAUCAUAUUCGUGUGACUGUUCUACAGUACAUUCCGCAAUUGGGCAGUCUAGCAGUCGGUUACAACUUCGGAGCAUUCCAGAUUUGGAACAUUAUGACUUUGGAUUUGGAAUUUACAUCGCAAGUCAAUGUGGAAUGCUUGCCGGUUACACAUUUCGGAUUUCAGGAGCCCUGUGAUGAUCCUCGAGCAUUUUGCUACCUAUGGGUGGUAUUCUCAGUGAUAGACAGGUUUGAAGAGGAGGAGUUUCCACUGGCUGUGAUGUACUCCCUCACUUACCAAGGCAAGAGGAUGCUGUCUGACACCAAGUGUCUUUAUCAGGAAUUUUCCACUGCAACAAUAAGAUUUCAACUCGAGUUGAGUACAGUUGAUGAGUCUGCCUUACUUGGCGGGAAGUGUGUGUCGUGUCAUACUUAUUCUGUCAACUCUACACUUGCAGCUGAGGGCGAAGACAGUAUGCUAAACAUUUGUCAGGUUGUGUGGGAGUGUUGGGGCGAGAAUGCCAACUCCUCAACUCAGUAUGGAAUGCUUCUGUUUGAUUUAGAUCAGUGGUACAAAGAUCAAAUGCCAGCGACGUGGCGCCUCGAGAGCGCCGCGUUCAUGAGCGUGACGUGGUGCGGCGAGCUGUCGGCGGGCGACUGCGUGACGCUGGACGUGCGGCUGGCGCCCGCCUCCGUCGCGGUCUACUCGCACGCCACCAGGCUUGAAGAACAUUUCUAUCCUAAUUCUUUACAGUACAACUGCAUCUGCCUGAACACGUCGGAGGCGUGCGUGCUGGGCACGGUGGGCAUCCAGCGCCAGAUCGUGGCGUCGCUGGACGACGUGGGCCCCACCGCGCUACUCAACCCCACGCGACUCUACAACGCCUGCGUCACUGCGGGCCUGACGCCUCUAUACGUACAUACUUAUUCCACGAAUGUUAGCUUGGAGGAACAACGUAGAUAUCUGCUGUCAGUAUGCCUAGAAGCCCGUCUGUCCCGCCUCCUGAAGCGCUGCGCCCACGACUGGGCCACCGGCACCCACGCGGGGGCUGGCUGCACGCUGCCCUUCCUUGUAGACUGGAGCUGGAAGCGAGCUAUAGAACUAAAGGAGAAUGCCAAAGAACUCACGGCUCCUUUAUUCUCGUCUUCUGCUUUGCCUGAUAGGAACGUAGUACGUUGCCUCGAGCACUGCGUACAACAACUGACACAGCUGACUGGUCUACUGGAUGCCGUGCUCACCAAGUGCUGCAAUCUUAUUAUACCUGAUGCGUUGAGUGAAAUAGAAGAGAAGUACAAAGGAAUAGGAACUGUAUCUCUAUACUUCCAAGUAGUACAAUGGUUCCUACGCGUCGGAUUGUUGCCUGAGCGACAUGACGCAUUCAACGCUUUACCUUAUCCUGCACCGCAGUUGUAUUCAAUCUAUAAUAAAAGGCGUCUGAAACUGAAUCGUUUGCAAGACAACGCGCCUACAGAUGAGAAUGAAGCCAAUAAGCCAUGUUCUCUUUUAUACAUUGACCAGCUCAUUGAACAAGAGUUUGGUGGGGAGAGGACGCAUCAGUUAUGGAUGAAAGGCGGCAGUCAAUGCAACGGCCUCUACCCGCCUCCAUCUCUGUACUCUCUACUCCGUCUCUACUUACUGCCGGAUAUCGCGGAGGAACACAAACAUUCUCUAGUGCUAUAUCUGCUUGUGGACUAUUCUAUGGUGUACGAUGAAGUUAGGUAUGAGGCUGUGAUCCGUAGACUGAUGCAGUUCCCCACAAUGUUUGGUCUCAGUAACACGGCUAUAAAGGCUACCCAGGCCUUCUGGCAUCUAGACCACAGGGACUUUGACUUCGCCCUAGACCAACUCCAAUGUCUAACAGGCAACACUCUCUCAGACUGGCAACACAACGUAGUACUAUCAACAUUGCUAGCACAGAAAAAGACUCAGGCAGCGCUUCAAUACCUUCAUGUUAGGAAGCCAGCACCAAUCCAGAACAUUCGCGAUAGAGAUGGAGAUAUAGCGACCUGCUCUAUUAGAGUCAACGACCAUGAUAAAUUAGAAGAUUGGCAGUCUUGUUGCAAUCUUUACUUGGCAAGAGGUCUUGUGUUUGAAGCUCUCGAUGUGAUUAGAAUGUGUGUCAUGAAUGCGGGCUGUGUUGAAGAUAAAGUCACUGUUAUGCAGUAUUUUUUCAAAGGUUGUAGAAACACAGGGAAUUUGUCGAAGAUACUGCAAGUGACGAUGUCGCCGUUCGAAGAGGAGAUGUUUGUGAAGUAUUUGGAGGAUUGCAAUGAGCCUCAUACAUCUGAUAUACUUGUCAUGUAUUACUUGCAACAGUCGAGAUACCUAGAAGCCGAGCGGUACAACAACAAGCUGAAGCAGGGCCGGGCCCGCGAGGUGUCCCGGUCGGCCGAGUCUCUGCUGGAGCUGUGUGAGCGCGACGGGGCGCGCGACGCGCUGGUGCACGUGGCGCGCGCCGCGCUGCCCGCCAUCUCCGCCACCGUCGCGCACUACGCACUCCACUCCGCCGACGUCGAGCCGCACGUGAUCGCACCAAAACCAAUGUCGGUAUUCGUAAAGGCGAAAUCACCGAAAAAUACGUUCACAUACAAAUCAUCAUUCAUACAGGAUACCAUAGAGAAUGCUAGCGAGACGUGGGUAAAUAAGCCUAAGAUGCGCAGGGGCAUUAAACGCGCGCUCAAUAUUGAAGAGACGCCUUUUAUUUGCACGCCGAAGUUGAAUAGGACUAGAAGCAUUUUAGCAACAGAACAGAAAGCCUCAGAAUCCACGCCUCCAAAGCGAGCCAGGUUAGACCUGUCAGGGACCCCGAGGACUCCCAAGAUGGGAUCAUUCCGUGUGAGUGAGAAGCUCAGUAGUCAGAUGGCGACACUCCUGGACAUGCCCGAUGUACAGAGUCCUGAAUGCAAGCUGUAUACUGAGAGGGCUGGUACUCCACAUAGCAUAUUGAAGACAAGACGUACAGAUGACAUGGACCGCGAGGCCCCGUCGCCGGUGGACUCCCGCUACUUGGGCGACAGCGACGACGAGUUACUGGAGACUGCCAGCAACCACACACACUACAGUGAUUCCACUAACAAGCAUCUUCGCUUCACGAUUCCUACUGCAUCGGAGUCUGGAUCGACGCCGUCACCGCCGACUAACACACAACCUCAACAGCGAGAGAAAGAGAUGGAGAACUCCACUUUAACAAGAGAGAAAGAGAUAGAGAACGCCACUUUAACGAGAGAGAAAGAGAUAGAGAACUCUACGUUAACGAGAGAGAAAGAGAUGGAUGUAUCUAUUGACAGCUUUGUUACCACUACGUCUCAUGCUAUGACUGAAACCCACCCAAUGGAAUCGCCUCCUAAGAGGCUCGCCACAGAGGAAUCAGUGAAAGGAAGGAAGUCCUUCAAAGACACAGUGCGCGCCAGACGCUCCCUCUCUCUAUCCGUGAACAGCAGUCUGUCAGACGACCCGAAUACAUCUAUUGAAAGCAUCGCAGACAUACCAGUGACUCUCAUCAACCCGAGAUAUUCAGGCGAAAAACGACACUACCACUCGUACAAUAAGGAACAAGAUUUUGAACACACCGUUAUCGAGAGUGUGUCUGAAUCUCAAAUGACGGAAACUGCCGAAGUGUCCCGAGAAGUGCCGAAGACGCCGCGAGGGAGACGGGGUAUUAGAGCCAGUGGGGGGGAAAGCACGCCGCUUAGGACAAGUCGCAAUGUGACUCCAGAACGAGUAGAUUCUCCUGUCGCUACCUCAUUGCGCGGUUCCAGAAUAACCAGGAGUAGAUCUCGUACUCCAGAGCUGAGCCCCCGUACUUCCCCCCUGGCCCCAAUCCCCGAGCUGCCCCGCCAUGAAGCCCACAGUGAACCUCAUGCUGAGAAAACUACUCUUAGCAUCCCGAGACGACUCAGGAGUAGAUCCCGAACACCAGAUCGUGUAGAUAAACCAGUGUCGGAGUCUCCAAAACUGGAAGCCAUCACAGAGUCCCCGACCAAGUCUACUAACACUGAGUCGUCAUCAUCUUCCUCGCCCACACCACGUAGUCUAAGGAGCCGUUCACGAACUCCAGAAAUAGAAGUGGUGCAAGAAAUAGUAGCCAAGUCGUCACCACGCAGUCUGAGGAGUCGCUCCAAAACACCAGAAAGGCAAAUGUCACCCAAAAUAGAAUCGCCAGCACGAAGCAAGCAAGCAAAGCCGUCCCUAUCUCGCAAGGCUUUCGAAAACAUCUUAUCAGCUAAAGUGAAGCAAGCUGAUAAAAUGGACGCAGAUAGCCUUGAGGAUAAACCAGAAAUAUCUAUCGAAUGCACUCCAAUGAAGCCAUCGAAACAAGUUCCUAACUUAAUGGACGUCACCCUCUCUCCUAUAGUCAAUAAGUCAGUACUACAGAGUUCCACUGACUCCACAAUACUAGAAACUGUCGAAAAAGAGGUCAAGACUGACAAAAGUGUGUUGGAAACUGACCUUAAACCGUUCCCAGCAUUCACAACACUCCACGAAACUUGCAUCGAGAAAUCUGUUCUACACAGCUACCAAAGCAGUGUAGCAGAAAUAACGGAUACUUCAAUUAAUAUUCGUGAAGAAAAAGUUGUUGUGGAAAAGAGCGAGAUGAGUGUCUUAAAACCUUUACCGGCGUUCACUUUGAACGAAACCGAGUUUGACAAAUCAGUACUAAAAAGCUAUCAAAGUAGUGUGGCCGACGAAUCGAGCGUUCAAGAAGAAAAAGAAACACAACAAGCUGAUAACAAUACGUCCAAACCGUUUGCUGCCUUCGUGCAAAUGAUACAAACUGAUUUUGAGAACUCAGUUCUACAUAGUGCAGAAAGCAGUGUCGCUGAAGCGUCCCAAUUAAAGGACGAUUCUAAAGUCCAAGAAGCGUCAAGUCUCAUGACAAAUGAUAGUGACGCUGAUAUGGAUAUGGAGGAAAAUGUAGAUAAUAAGAAAUCUGCAGCAGAACAGAAAGAGAAAGAGAAGAUAGUGGAGAUUGAGAGGGAGAUAGGUGAGAUUCAGGAUAUGUCUGACGAGGAUGAACAAGAUGCUAGUGAGAGUUCUGGGGAAGAGGGAGAAGAUGAUGGUGAAUCAGGCAGUGAGGCAUCUGAUGAUGAGAUUGAGCAAAUUCCUUUGCCUGAAAAUGAGGAACUGUCGAAAGCAAAAGACGUUACAACAAACGACGGUAAAAUAUGUGUCACACUCAACGCGUCAAGUACAUCAAACGAAAGAAUAGAAGAAAACGACGAAGUUAUUUCUAUAGAAGAUUCGGACGAUUCUAGCGAUAAACUACAAAUUGAUGAGAAAUCUAAAGACAGUCGGAAAUCUGAAGACCGGAAUGUUAAUAUUGAAACACAAGAUAAAGGAACAGUACAAGAUGAAAUUAUUAGUGAAGAUGUUCUUCAAGUCGAAAGUACGGAUAAGUUCAAUCAGGCUAACUUCUCUCUUAUGACUGAUGAUAAUUCUAUUGCGUCUGAUAAAUCCGAUUUGAACUUGAACUAUUCUGGUGAGAGUGGGAAGACUAAUGUUAGUGAUGUGAAGGUGGAGGCUGUCGAAAAAGAACCAAUCGUCGAAUUGGAAGUUAGAUCUUCAGAAAACAAAGAGAAAGAACCCACACCUGAACCAACUAAAGUAGACAGCACAACACAAGCUGAAACUCCAAACGAUGUAGACGUAGAAAUCAUAGAGAUCGAACAAGAACCAACAAGCGAUAAAGCAAAGGAAUCAGAAAAGGAUGAGAACAUCCCAGAAACAGUAACUGAAGUAGUAGAAGUUGUAGAAGUUCCUAUUGUCACUAAAGUACCAGAAACAACUGAACAAGAAACAAAAGACAUACAAAAAGAAACCGAAGAAGAGAAAUCAGAAGAACAGGCAGUAGAAAAAGAUGUAGGACAACCAACGCGUUCUAGGAAACGUGGUAAGUCUACGUCAUCAAACAUAUCUGCUACAGAAGAGAUACCUUCAAUAGAUACUGAGGUUAAAACUCCAGCAACAAGAAAACGUACUCAAUCAACAGCCUCAAACAAGUCUAUGGACGCAGAGCAAAAAACUCCUGAAAGCACCAAGUCUGAAGUAACAACGCCGUCAAGACGACGAGCGAAAACACCAACCAGCGCCGAAGUUAGGAAAAUUAUCACUAGAAGGGUUUCAAGAGAGAUGUCGGAAAAACACGAUGAGUCAAAAGCCUUAGACGAAUCUAUCUCCACCCCUAAAAGACGCUCCAAUCGGUCCCGAAGCAAAAACUUUGAUGACAAUGAAAGCGUUGCCUCUGAAAGUUCUAUAGCCUCAAUUAGAAGUAAGGCCAGUGAAGAUGCCGGUGAUAGGGCUGUUAGGAAAGGCCGUAAGUCCGUCCUCGCUAGUAAGCCUGAACUGUCUGUGAUACCCGAAGUGACUGUUGAGGAUAACUCCAAAAUGGAAACUGAGAAUGUUAUCAGCGAAUAUUCUAGUGCUAGAAGACUGACUCGCCACCAAAAAGCGGUGCUAGAAUCGUGGCUAGAACCUCAACCACACGCUUCACCUCGUCGUCGUUUGAGCACAGCGUCGCGUACGUCACGUACGUCACAUACGUCACGCUCGGUCGCCUCGGAGGCGGACGAUGAUGACGCCUCGUCGACUCACUCGGCCGCCUUCGAUGUCCAACCUAUUGAUAGAAUCAGUUUACUUAAUAAAACUGACUUUGAAGGCUCGACGGAUCUCGACGAAAUGCAGACCAAUCUGUCGCCAGAGUCUCUCGCGUCAGACGCCAGCAAACAGCGCAGAGCUCGUCUCGGCAGGGCUGCCUCAGAAACCAAAGUGACGCCUCGUGCAGCCAAAAUCAAUAGGAGGAUAUCUGUUGACGUUGCGGACGGUCCAGACAGUUCACCAGUGCCGAUGGGGUCUGAGAGUCCAGCGCGCGGCCGUCGCAAGUCAUUCAACCGCGCGUGUGAAGCACUACACACGCCUAAAGGCAGGCGGACUUCUACUGACCUUAGGAAAGGAGACGCGGAGAGUCCGAUUGAGUCGCCAGUAGUGUCAGAGAGCGAGGCGGUGACCCCAGCGAGGCGGACGAGACGCGCCGCCUCCACCGUGUCUAAUACUAGCCAAGCUAACUCCGAGACGGGGAAAAGGUCGAAGAAAACUGUUCUAGAUGAAAGUAAGGACACAAAAAAGAAAUAAGUUGGAGAUCUAAGUUAUUUUAUAUUUAUAGUGAAUUUAAAUAAGGUUCAGUUUUGU